CUCAUAACGCUGCAAAAUGCGAUUGGAUGCGUGUUAUCAAAAUGCUCUUUGCAAUUGGCUCAUCACAUUUGAAGGCGUGGUUUAACGGCAUAACCCGGAAACGAAGAAGAAGCUUAGUUCCGACCAUAGGCUGUCGUUCUUGUCAUGGCUGAAGCUGGAGGUGACAAGCCAUCCGUCGAUGCCGGCCCAAGCCCCUUAUCUCGGGUUUUGAGAAUCAGUCAGCUGGAUGCUUUUGAACUGGAUGGGGCACUGGAACAGCUUGUUUGGUCACAGUUCACCCAGUGUUUCCAGCAUUUCAAGCCUGGGCUUCUGACCCCUGUGGAACCAGAACUGAAAGCCCUGCUACAGCUUCUCUUGUGGAGGUUCACAGUCUACUCCAAUAGCGCCACAGCGGGCCAAUCGCUUCUCAACAUCCGCUACAAAGACGUUCUGGUAUCGGGACUGAAGUAUAGGUCCAUAAGCCGACAGAAGAAGCUCUGGUUUGCUCUGCUAACUAUAGGUGAUAAGUGGCUGAGGGAACGUUCCCAUAGUUUGUUCCUCAGUCAGCCUGCGGAGUCCAACAUCCACAAUGCGGGCAAACUUCUGUCCGUCAUCACGGGCUUCAUCAAAGCAGCCAGUCUGGUCAACUUUCUUCUUUUCCUCCAGACUGGAACCUAUCCUACCCUAACAGAAAGAUCGCUGGGAGUGCAACCUGUAUUCAUCCGAUCCCAAGGACCGAGGGACGUUAAUUUUCAAUACCUGAACCGAGAGCUUUUGUGGCACGGAUUUGCAGAGUUCCUCAUUUUCCUGCUACCUCUCAUUAACGUGUGGAAACUGAAGGCUUGCCUGUCCACCUGGUUCACUCCUGUAAAGGAACUGAAGGAAGGAAGUUCAGAGGACACCUUUUACAAGGAGUGUGCCAUCUGCGGGGAGUGGCCCACCAUGCCCCACUCAAUCGGCUGCGACCAUGUGUUCUGCUACUACUGCCUAAAGAGCCACACCAUCGCCGAAGUCUCCUUUACCUGUCCUAAAUGCGGUGUGGAUGCGACUGGAACGAUCCAGCCGGUCAUGCUUCAGAUAGAGAUGACUGAGUUGCAUCAGAGUCGAGUUCCCGCAGGAAGACCGUGAUUGACUUGAUCUUGAAUUCUCUGCUGUAUGUGUAUUUCAAGUGUCGAGCGUUUGAGUCGAUCACAGAGAUUGGUUGAUGAAAGCACACGGCUCGUGCCUUUUUACUGAAACGAGAGUAUUUGUUGCCAUGAAAUAUGCAGAGUUUUGUACAAAGACUGACUGGAGACGAACUUAAUGAUGUAAAAUUCUCAAACAACAUCAUUUGUGUCGCUAAUUUAUUCAUCCUCAUUAAAGUUUGAUAAAUAAAGUGUAUCAGAGGUCCACUUUUCGGCGUUCUCGGAUGGAGCGCUGAGCAAAUGAAUAAACAUCAAAACAACCCUUUGCUCAACUGCCUGCACGAUCCAAUUCCCCUCAUCCCCUAUGAAGUGAAAAAUUUGCACAAGAUCAAGGAGAGGCCAUGAUAGCACCGGGGGGCUAGUUGGGUUGGAUGCAGAUUGACAGACAUUCCAUUAUAAUCUCCUUCGCCCUUCUUAAUACGCCAGUAAACUGUAACAAACCCAAGUAGGACCAGUGCACAUUUUCAAGCAUAUUAUACUCUAAGCCUAAUAAUGACUGCAAAGAUGGGUAUUUAUUCUAAUGUUAACUCUCUCCAGUGAGCCAUGCCUCGGGCCAAACACAUCCGAAUAGCCUGCUGGAAUCUCUCACUUCGUUUUUUUGACCACAUUGACUUAAUUGACCAUUGUGCAGGCAGUCACUUCUCUGGGCAUGAGGGGUCCUGUGGUUUUCUGUGUUUUGUAAUCGCCUUUGUUCACAUGUGCCAUGUUCAAAUUUGGAAGAAGACACACAGGACCGCUCAGCCCUUGUGUGUGUUCACUGAUGUUAUUCGACAGGACCACCACGAAGUCUAGUUCUCACCAUAUCCAGUACUAUGCAAGUUUACUCAUGCACUCGGUUAAGAAAUGUUCAAAAGAUACUUAAUGUGAAACAGAAUACAGUUAUAAGCUUUGUUUUGUUUCACAGGAUUAAAGGAAUUAGCCGCCA